AUGGACCCAUAUCAUCCAGAUGGGGUUCAGAUUCUCAGAGAUGCGGCUAGUCUCUUCUUAGCCUCAAAAGGUGAAAGUUCUGAGGUAACUCACCAUAGAAAACGGUCCAUACCGACAAUGGGCAGUAAUAAAGCACAGCUGCUUUAUGAUUACAUCCUUGACAACGUAUACGAUUAUACAUAUACCAGCGUCAUGAACGGGUAUGGCAAGCUCUGGAAGGCCGAAUAUAAAGACAAGGUCGUCGGUGCGCUACUCGCGGUGCAAUGGUAUGGAAAUAAGACGAGUGGCCAUAUCAAGUCCAUAGAAAUUGACCCCAAGCAACACUACGCAACAAGAAAAAAGCAUUCAGGCAAACGGCACCACAAUGAGGAUUUGAUGCAUCUUGACAAGUCGUGGUAUGUUGGGUCAACACCCAAGGAAAUGCUGUCGUUUUAUGACAAGGCGUGGGCAGAUGAAGUGGAAAGGAACUUCGACGACGCUAAAAAUCUCCGCGCGGCAGAUUUCGAACGCAACUACUUUUGGUACUUGCAUGAUGUGGCGGUGGACGAAAGCAUUGGUCAAGAGUUAGCUUUGAAAGUAAAGCACGAGUUAAUCCAGUAUUAUUUAUCGCACGUCCGCGAAUUCGGCGACCAACUCAACAACUCGGACAAGACAGGCGGCUUGGCAAUUCGCGACUUGAAAUCUGAGCCAUACGGCGAAACAUUCUGGAAACUGUGUGGCUUUCGAGUAUUUCAAACAGGGCAACAGGUUAUAAAAGAUCGAGAUUCGUUGAACUUGGCGAGAGCACUGGUAAACCCCAGAGGCGACGGCAGGUUUACUCUCUUGACCUGUAACAUGAACCGAGCAACUGAAGGCCAAGCGACGGAUGAGCAGCCAGAUGUAGAUUUGGAGGAGAAAUUGAAAAGCAUUCUAGAGAUGGAGUCAGGCUUCGAGCAACGGCUGACGUAUAGACAAGGGGUUGUUUCGGUUGGGAAGCGCAAUGCCCAUAUAAAUGCUCGGAUCAACAGGAAAUCUCAUGACAACUAUCAACUUAAAGCCGUCGCCGUAGGGAAAUGGUUGAAGAUAAUAAAACCCGAUAUUGAUGUAACAGUCAUCUAG